GGGGAAAAAAUAAAAUGGUAUCGACACGCGGGCGGCGGCGUGACGUCAUCAGCGCGCGACACGAAUUCCGCACCGAAGACGCGAUGGAGUCCGAGACAAAGAAGAUCAUCAAGUUGGUUCCUGAGAACCUUCUUAAGAAAAGGAAAGCAUAUCAGGCGAUUAAGGCGACUCAGGCCAAGCUCGCUUUGUUGGAGAAGAGGAAGAUAAAGAAGGGACAGUUGAAGUUCACGCGUCUGGAAGAGUUUCACAAGUACAGCAGGAGGAAGUACAGGGAUGAAGUGCGUCUGGCACGAAACCGGCAGAGACCUCCUCCUCCUCUUCCUCCUGCCAAGAACAGCCUGGUGUUCGCUGUGCGCAUUCGAGAGAUUAAAGGCGUCAGUCCCAAAGUGAGGAAGAUCAUCCACAUGUUUCGGCUGCGGAAGAUCUUCAGUGGAACUUUCAUUAAAGUCAGCAAGAGCUCCAUGAACAUGCUGCGAGUCGUCGAACCCUACGUGGCCUGGGGAUUUCCUAACCUGAAGUCAGUCCGUGAGCUCAUCUUGAAAAGAGGCCAGGGAAAGGUCGAGAAGAGAAAGAUUCCUCUCACCGACAACACCGUCAUCGAGCAGCAUUUAGGUCAGCAUGGGAUCAUCUGUUUGGAGGACCUCAUCCAUGAGAUCUACUCCGCUGGAAAGAACUUCAGGGUGGCGAACAGCUUCCUCUGGCCAUUCUACCUGUCCGUUCCUCGACACUCGGCCAGAGACAAAGUCGGCCUUCUGAAGGAGAUGGGUGAGCCUGGACCUCGAGCCGAGGACAUCAACAGAGUGAUCAGGACCUUUAACUGAGCCUCACUUCCUGGAACUCGGACACACUGUACUGUUUUAUGGAGAGCCGCUGGCUUUCCUGUCUUUACUUUUCCCCGUUCUGAUGCGAGAUUGGACGUGGUUUCAGAUCGAUGCCCUCACAAGGUUGGAUCGGAUGAGAGUUCGACUUCUUUGGUGUAAUGAAACUUGUUCCGUCUCGUGGGCCAGGUUCUUUAAUUUUGUGCAGCAAUUUAUAUUAAAACUGAUAUGGUUUAUUAUAAACGUUAGUCCCGUGGCAUUGGAGUGUCUGUGUUGAGUUUAGUGUGGUCAGCGCUCGCAUCAGAUUAAAAAAUAACCAAAUUCCGAGUGGUGAAGUGUAAUAAUACAGCAUUAGGACACAACCGAUACACAAUAGUGCAGCAAACAAGCUAAUACCUAACAAGUUAAACCACUCAUCUUUAACUAGCAGUUAGUAGACUGUUGCCAAAAGUUUUGGAACACCCCUCCACAUCAUUAAGUUCAGGGGUUGGGCUCGGCCUGUUAGUUCCAGUGAAAGGAACUCUUAAUGCUUCAGCUUCAUACCAAGAUAUUUUGGACAAUUUCAUGCUCUUUGUGGGAACAGUUUGGGGAUGACCCCUUCCUGUUCCAACAUGACUGCACAUCAGUGCACAAAGCAAGGUCCAUAAAGACAUGGAUGAAUGAGUUUGGUGUGGAGGAACUUGACUGGCCUGCACAGAGUCCUGACCUCAACCCCAUAGAACACCUUUGGGAUGAAUUAGAGCGGAGACUGCGAGCCAGGCCUUCUCGUCCAACAUCACUGAUCAGCUGUUUAUUCUUCUUCAGUUCCUCUGAGUGCAGAGCUCUACAAAAAUAUGCUCAAUUCUUGUUUAGCUAAAAAGCUUUUCAGGAGUUUUUCUUUCUGAAUUAGAUUAACCUUCAAUCUCCAGCCCAGAUUAGUGUUCUUACUGCCAUGAGCUAUUCACUGUUAGCUUAUUUAGGAAAAGAUGCUAAUACAACACAAAACCUUUUUUUCCGCUGAUUAAACCCUGUUUCCCAAAUAGUA